AUGUCUUUCCUACACUUAUUUAGAAGGGGUAUGGCUACCACUGCGAUUCCUCAGACAGUUAAAACCGGUUUGUUGCUGUCUAGAAUUCCAAUUGUGACACAAGAGUUGACGACAUUAGAGAAACAAUACUAUGAAUAUCAAAGUGAGUUAGAACGUCGUUUAAUGUGGACAUUCCCUCAAUAUUUCUAUUUCAAGAGGGGUACUCUGGCCGAGCGUCGAUUUCUUGCAGCUCAAAAAGGUCCAAUAAGUAAGCAACCUGGCGUGUGGUUUCCAAAAGGUGUGCCAGAUAUUAAACACAACAGAGAGAGGAGCCAGAAACAGGACGUUCGUUUGGCGAAAGAAUCAGUCUCGUCAUCUUCUUCAGAUGCGAUGGACGCCGAAGAUGUUUCAAGACCUAUAGUAGUCAAUUCGAGAAUAACAGAGGCAGAUCGCACAGGCGACUUAAACAGCCUUGAAAGAAAACUGAGCAGAACAUUGUAUCUGCUUGUAAAACAUACGAAGGGCGAUUGGAUGUUUCCGGCGUUUCCAGUCUCGUUGGAACAGGGUUCCAAAAAGCCAUUGCAUAUUACCGCUGAGGAAGGAUUGAGAGCUCUAGGUGGUCAGAAUAUAAAUACCUGGACAGUGUCAAACACUCCAGCGGGCGUUCUACAAAAUGGAGAUACAGCAGAAUUUUUGAUCAAGUCACAUAUAGUGGCGGGAAAGUUUGAGUUGCAGAAGGGAAGUGAAUAUGACGGCUACGCGUGGCUCACCAAAGAUGAAAUCAAGGACCAUCUAGACGAAGCACAUUAUAAGGAGGUAGAUUUUCUAUUAUCAGACGUCUGA